UGCAGGCUACACUUCAGGGUUCGCUCCCGUUGUCUUGGUAGUUUAGUGUGACAUGAAGGAGAUCGUCCAUCUAUCACCGCAUUAACCUAAAGCAAUGCGGGACCGUUUAAGAUACAGUAACUGUUUGUUCUAAAUUCAGUUGACAUCGUUUUUAGCCAGACGGACCCUAUUUGACGGUUUUUUAAUUAGUAGGUUAUGGUCGCGGAGGAUGGAUGCUGACGACGUGUCGGUUAGAGAGCAACUUUUCCACAACCGUGUUCGAGAGACAAUAAUCUGUGUCCUCCUGUUCACAUGCCUCUACAUGGUGUCCUACCUCAUUCUCACUCACUUCAAGAAGAAUGCUGACUUUGUCACUGAUGACAUCGAAGAUGCUACGGUCAACAAAAUUGCGCUAUGGCUGUGUACGUUCACCCUGUCUGUGGCAGUGUGUGCUGUGCUUCUGCUGCCUAUCUCUAUCCUGUCCAACGAGGUGCUCCUCACCUUCCCCCAAAGCUACUACAUGCAGUGGCUCAACGGCUCGCUCAUCCACGGCUUGUGGAACCUAGUCUUCCUCUUCUCCAACCUCUCCCUCGUCUUCCUCAUGCCCUUCGCAUACUUCUUCACCGAGUCGGAGGGCUUUGUGGGCUGUAAGAAGGGAGUGAUGGCCCGUGUGUACGAGACGGCUGUGGUGCUCCUGCUCCUCACCCUGCUGGUGCUGGGCAUGGUGUGGGUGGCAUCGGCUGCCCUCCACCACCACACCGCCAGGGAGAGCCUCUACGAUCUGUGGGAGUACUACCUGCCCUACCUGUACUCUGGCAUCUCCCUCUUUGGAGUGCUGCUUCUCUUGGUGUGCACUCCCUUCGGCCUGUCGCGCAUGUUCAGCGUCACCGGCAGUCUAUUGGUCAAACCACGGCUGCUGGAGAACCUCGAGGAGACCACCAGCUGCUCGACGUUCGAGGAGGCUUCGCUUUCCAGAAAACUCAACGGUGGAGCUACGUCUUGCUGGAUCGGCCUGAAUGUGGAGGCGGUGCGGAGGCAGUUCCUCAGCGUCCAGGCCAAGCGCAUCGCCCUGGAAAUGCGUCAGAGAGCGUCGCCGUGGCAACGCAACCUGGGCUACCCGCUGGCCAUGCUGCUGCUCCUGGCGCUGACGGUGAUGUGUGUGCUGAUGGUGUGUUUCAAUGUGCUGGAGCUUCUUUUGGACGAGACGGCCAUGCCCAAAGGAAUGGAGGACCCCCGUCUGGGCACGGCCUCCUUCUCCAUGUUUGGCUCCCUGGGGGCGGCGAUGCAGGUGCUGCUCAUCCUCUACCUGAUGGUGGCGUCGGUGGUGGGCUUCUACAGCACGUCGCUCUUCCACGGCCUGCUGCCUCGCGCCCAGGACACCAACCUCACACAGAUCAUCGGGAACUGUGUGUCUCUCCUGGUUCUGAGCUCAGCUCUUCCUGUCUUCUCCCGCACUCUUGGGAUCACCCGCUUCGACCUGCUGGGGGAUUUUGGGCGCUACAACUGGCUGGGGAACUUCUACAUCGUGUUCCUGUACAACAUGCUGUUCGCUGGAGUCACGUCGGCCUGCCUCAUCAACACGCUCACCUGGGCUGUACAGAGGGAGCUCAUCAGGGCCUUUGGUCUCCACAGGCUGCCCCAGACCGUGUCCAGAUCCACCGUCCCCUUCAAGCUCCUCCUGGCCAAUGGGCUCUCUAAGAUCCAGUGACGGCCCCUCCCCUUCCCCGGUGCCACCUCUCCGUGGCUCCGCCUCUUCCCGGCACCUCAGCCUCCUGGAGAGGCUUUCUCAUUGGACCAAAGGCACCUCACUGCCUAGCCUUCCCAGCCUGCCCGUGACCCUGGGUAACCAAAACGGGAGUGGAGAAUGGAAGACGUGCAGUUUGGCCAAUGAGCAUCGUGUCCCCGUCCAGGUUGAGCUGAGGAGGGGCGGGCCAUCUCUGGGUUCUUUGACUGCAAGGUCGCUGUCAGAGAGUGCCCUAACCUGAACCAUAAACACAACUGGAACACAGACGCGAAAGGGAUCCUUUUUGAGUUCUUUGUGUUGUUUGUUCUUGACUGUGAACCUUCUCCUGGGUGGAUGUGAACCCCCGUCCCCCCCCUCACUCAAAAGCGUGCAGCCGAGCUAUUUGGGGAGAUGACAUCACGGUGGCGGCGUCGACCCCGUUUCCUCCUCCUGCCCUGGAGUUGAGCGAGUCAUCUCUCUGUGCAUCUUGCCCAUUCCCUCUCUCUCUCGCUCUGUCUCUCUGUCUCUCUCCCUCUACCUACUAUUUUAGGGCUUCGGCCUAGUGAAUCUCACUUCCCUGUUUGUUUGGGACUCUCAUCUGCACUGGUGUUUUUAACUAAUGAGAGGAUGUUUCUGAUUGGGGAGGCGGAGAUUCGGUGCUUGACUGUUCUCGCCUCGCAUCCUCGAUGGUUAGCCAGGACCUGUGGGAGGGGCAGGGAAGUGUGUGUGUGUGUGGGGGGGCGAUUUAACUGUUGCUGCUGAUACACACCUUCAACAACAUACUCAGCUUCCCCCCUGAGUUAUUCUGGAUUUGUGUUUUGGAAAUUUGUCUUUCAUUUCCACAUUCAACAUUUCCAGCCAGCAGUAAUCUUAAAUUUAGCAAUAAACCAAUCAAGUUUGCUGUGGUUAAAUCUAUUGUAAAUAGUUAGUAAUGGCUACAUGAAACUGAACAAACUUGAGAUAUACAUCUAAUAUUUUGCCUGUUGGUAGUUACAGUAAUGUGUCAUUUUUCUAUUCAUGACACAGGGAUAAUUUAUUUGGGGUCCUUUUUCAAAUUCGAUUUGACUGUCAAGUGACAUUCACUGGCGGCAUGUGAGUUCUUAGCCUUUUAAGACCAAUUACUGUGAAUUGUUUUUGAGUUUGAGUGAAUACAUUUAAAGUGCAAUACAGUUUACAAAAGAGAGUUAGUCAGCUGGUUGAUAGAUUUGUUCUUCAGUGAAAUUCCAUGCUAUUUUCUCUUAUAUAGAACAAUUAUAUAGUCAAGUAGUGUCAAAGCCUUUUAUUAUCCAGUUAUAUUUAUUUCUUAAAUGAGCCGUUAUCCGUUAUCAAACUACUUGACUAUUACUCUCCACGAACCAUUCCAAGAGUGUUCCAUUAUGCUGCCAUUGCAGUGACAGUUGUCUUAGUAGCUUCGUUUGGACCUUGUGUAACGUGUGUAGAGAGAGUGUUCCCUCGUCAUCCUCCUCCCUUUGCUGCAUCAGCAAUGAUGAGGAUCUGGGUGAUCCAGUUGUUUUCCCAUGUCACCAGCAGGGUACAGUAUCUCCCAAACUCACCGUUUUGCCUAAACAUUUACCUCUCACUGGUCAGCCAUCAUGCGCUGGUUUUGGGGAGCAGAAAGGUUGAAUGUGGGUAGGUGAACAAUGGAGGGGGGUGGGGGGGGGGGGUGAUGGAUGUUCCCUGUUAUAGGUGACUCAGGGGCCUUUUUGUGAACAUGUCUGUAGAAGCUCCUAAUUAGUCAGUCGAACUUACAAAGGCAUGUCUUGAGAAGUCAUUCUUGGGAAUUUCCUCAGGGAAAUAACGUUUUUAUGGUUUACUUUUAAACAGGACAAUAAAUCAAUUUCACUAGUUUUUUUUCUAAACACUGUCCUGUCGUUUGUCCUGCGUACGUCCGACAAAGUGUUACGUUGUAUGGUGGUCUUUGACUCGAGAUGGCUGUUUUGGUUUCAGCCCAUCCCUAUUCCCGGUGGAUGUGUGUGAGUGUGUUUGAGUGUGAGUGAGGGUGCGUGUCUGUCCACCCUGUCUCUCCACCCCUCGCUGCCCUUCUUUAAUCAGGCCCAGAAGAAAGCCGUGUUUUGGCGUGUCUGUCACCAGGAGGCUGUCGUGACGCCGCCGCGGCCGUAGCCUACGCUUUCCCGCUCUCCCCCGCUCGGAUGCUACCGCUAGAUAAACCGUCCAAAUCAGGAGCCGAGGCGACGCUUUCUCUCCUUCACCCCCGCUUCCACCCACCCACCCCUGCCCGCCUCCCUUUCUUCCAUCCGUUUUCCUCGCCUAUUAUUCAUUUCCUCUGCCAUUUUUCCUCCCAAAGUCAAAAGAAGAUUUGGGGAGGGGGGGGGGGUGAUUAAUUCUUCCCCCCUCUUGAUUUUUGUUUGCAUUUCUUUUCUUAUUUUCUUUCGUUAGAUGUUCAAAUUGAAGUCAUUACAUUUCUGCCUUGUUUUGUGUUUCUUUUCCUCUGCUAAAAGGGAGUAAGACCAAUUGUUCCCGGAACGCUACUUACAUAUCAGUCCCGUGGUUGACCCUGUGGGAUGAGGGCACACAUUGUAGAGGCAUGGAUUUGUGUGUGUGUGUGUGUCAAGUGGAAGUGAAGUCUAGCGAGAGAACUAUCUGUUGUGGGGAGAGUAACAAAGUGAGAGAUAAGUGCAACACACUGUUGCGGCUUUGUUGAUUUUAAGUUUCCCAUUUUGAGCCAAGUGGUCAAAAUGUUGUUAGAAAUUAAUGUUUCACUAGUGCAGUGUCCAAUAUAUCAUACUGUAACUAGAAGAAUUAGCAACCCGUCAAACUGACAAAAUGUGCCAAACUCUAGGCGGCAAACCCCGACUAUAUUUGAAGGGGGGUUUAUUUGUCUAAAACUGCACAUCCUUGGGGCCUGAGUCUCAAACCUGCCCAUGCAGACUUCAAAAUGACCUUGGAGGUCCCCUAAAAGUUUCUAUUAAUUAUUCAAAAGACACAUCUUGUUUGGAAUUUGAAAAUGUUUAACAGUAACGAGAUUCGCCUGCCUGAUAUUCACUCCUAUGACAUCGAGCCAUACUGACGCGUUCAAUUAUGAAUGUGUCUGAAAAACUGAAAUGUUUUGGUACUAAAGACUUAUGAAAUAAAUAUGACCCCUCCAACCCCGUCAGUUUGAACUCUGCAUCUGCCGCACUUCCACUUCAGACUACUCAGUUCAGUUAGCGAGGGAAUAGAGCCAAGGACAGACACACGCACACAUUCCUGGAAUCAUAGAAACCCACAGUCUGCAGCAUCCCAUCAAUCAAGCCAUUGAUUUCCACGUCUUUUAUCAGACAUUAACUGGGGAUGUUUUCAUUUUAGGUUAUGGCACUACCGUGUAUAUUUACAUUGACAGCAUGAAUGGCUGUAUGCCAAAUGUACUGUUAUCAUUUAUUUAAGCAAGACAGUUUACAUAUACACUUGGUGCCUCGUGUAAGUGAUUAACUGCAUUGUCAUGGCUCCAAAUACAGUAUGAAACCGUGUUAAGAUAUUGCUGAAUGAAUACACAAUUGAUGACACCAAUUUCCAACAAAGGUCACACAACCAUUUUCCGUCUUUACGUUUGUGUUCCCAAAGCACCAUGCCCUGGGCACCACUCAACGUGUCCGUUCAUCGUUUCCCGCCUUAAAUUCUCUUAUAUGUAAAUAAACAGGACAGA